UCUCAGUGCUACUGUAUUAUAUAAACAAAUCAUUUUCCAUGUUCCUGACUCCUGAGACUUCUGAGUCUGAGCAGGCCGAGCACAAGACUGAUCAUAUAAAUAUGGGCAUCCCUUCUUUCAGUGUCUCCAUGCACCUAGUGCUCUUUUCCAUACUCAUCUACCUAAGCAUUUGGGGUGAAGCAGCUGAAUACCGCUACCAUUUCUGUUCAAACCAAACCACUUUCUCCCCCAAUAGCACCUACCAGUCUAACCUCAACAACCUCCUCUCUUUCCUUAACACAAAUUCCACGCGUGAAGCCGGUUUCUACAACACCACCGUGGGUCAAACUCAAACCCCAGAGAACACAGUUUACGGCCUCUUCCUCUGCCGCGGUGACCUCGCCACCAUUGAGUGCCAAGACUGCGUGUCAACAGCAACCAAAGAGAUUGUUCAGCAGUACUGCCCAGAAGAAAAAGUGGCCGUGGUAUGGUAUGAUGAAUGCAUGUUACGCUACUCAAAUCGAUCAUUCUUCUCCGUCAUGGAAGACGAGCCGAGUAAGAUUCUGUGGAACUUGUUGGAUAUAACAGAGCCGGAUCGAUUCAUUCAGCUAGCGGAAAAAACAUUGAGUGACUUGGUGCCGGGGGCGGCAGCAAAUGCUUCGUCCGGUGCUAAAAGAUUUGGUACCAAAGAAACCAAAUUUACUGACUCGCAAACACUAUACAACCUUGUACAGUGCCUCCCUGACCUAUCCAGCUUUGAUUGCAAUAGGUGUCUUCGGGAAGCCAUAACAAACUUGUCCAAAUCUUUUGGUGGAAAGAGAGGGGGUCGAGUUCUGAAUCCUAGUUGUAACGUUAGGUAUGAAGUUUUCGCGUUUUACCAUGUACAAGCUGCUGCCGCACCGGGACCUGGACCAAAAGGGAAAGGCAAAAGCUCAAAGGUAAUAGCUAUCGUAAUUGCUGUUACAAUUGCUGCCUCUGUGCUGCUAGUCAUUCUGCUUUACUGUUUCCGAAGGAGGAGAGCAAGAAUGAAGUCCAAUGAUAUAAAAGAAGAGAAUACUAAAAAAUCUGAUGGCCUCCUCAAUUAUCAAGCUGCAAGUGAAAUAACAACUGUAGAAUCCUUGCAAUUUGAUUUUGGGACAAUUGAAGUUGCAACAAAUAAAUUCUCAGAUGACAACAAGAUUGGUGAAGGUGGAUUUGGUAAAGUUUACAAGGGUGUGCUACCUGAAGGGAAGGAAGUGGCAGUUAAAAGGUUCUCAAUGAAGUCAUUGCAAGGCUUAGAGGAGUUCAAAAAUGAGGUCAUACUUAUAGCAAAACUUCAGCACAAAAAUCUUGUGAGGCUAUUGGGAUGUGGCAUAGAGGGAGAGGAAAAGUUGCUUGUAUACGAGUUUAUGCACAACAAAAGCCUUGAUAAUUUUAUUUUUGAUUCAAAAAGGAGGUUGCAACUUGAUUGGAAGACUUACUAUGACAUAAUUAAUGGGAUUGCUAGAGGACUUCUAUAUCUUCAUGAGGACUCUAGGCUUAAAAUCAUUCACAGAGACUUGAAGCCUAGUAAUGUGUUGUUGGACCAUAACAUGGUUGCCAAAAUAUCAGAUUUUGGAAUGGCGAGGAUCUUUUCUGAAAACCAAAAUAUAGCUAACACCAAAAGAAUUGCAGGAACAUAUGGGUACAUGGCUCCAGAAUAUGCAAUGGAAGGAAUAUUCUCUGUUAAGUCCGAUGUCUUCAGCUUUGGUGUAAUCUUGCUUGAGAUUAUUAGUGGCAAAAGGAGUAGUGGCUUCUAUCUCACUGAACAUUCGCAGACACUCCUUGCAUAUGCAUGGAGACUAUGGAAUGAAGAUAAAGUGUUAGAGUUCGUGGACAACUUCUUGAUAGAAUCAGGUUCGACAUCAGAAAUUGUAAAGUGCAUACAUAUCGGACUUUUGUGUGUUGAGGAAAAUCCACAAGACAGACCCACCAUGUCAACUGUGAUAGUUAUGCUGGGAAGUGAAUCAAUAGCCCUUCCUGAACCAAAACACCCUGCAUUUUCAGUGGCUAAAUUCAUGCCAAUGGAUGAAAUCUCUGUAAAUGAGCUAAGUUUUUCUACUAUUGUACCAAAAUGAACGCUUACAACUGUACAAGAUUGCCAUUGGUUUUGCAAGAUGGUGAACUUAAUAUUGUACCCUAAAUUUCUAUGAAAUAGGAUAGGAUAUGUAUUGGAAUUUGUGAAGGAAGAUCCAGUUAAUUGAGCAAAUGAUUGUACUGUAAAAACUAAAUGGUUAUUAAAUAAUAAUGUAUUUUGUAU